GAAGAUGGACCCGACGGCUCCAGGUCUGGAGUUUGGGUUGGUAACAUCACCCCUCCCUCUGACAUAUCACCAAGCAGCGAGUUCCCAAGGACGUGAGAAAUGACCACUUUGAUUGCGUUCCUAUGAAACCAAUUAAUUGCUCACGUGCCAGGCUCAGGCUGCGGCUCCGGAGUUGACGAUGCGCUGCCGGUGCUCAGGGACGGGAUGCUGCUGAUGCACUCAUCACCUGCAAUACAUCUUGGCAAACGUUCAGCUGAGACAUCCAUGAUUUCCUUGCUCUCCAAAUCUGGAGUGUGGCUCAGCACAGCCCCUGGACAUCGGGGCUUUCCACCUCUGCCUACCAGCACGUUCCAGGUGCUGGCAAUAAGAACCACUCUUUGAGUUCUAUUCCUGCAAUUUCUGGUCUAAGGUCUGGGAUGGUUUUUACACUCAAAGAUUACGGCCUUGCUGCUGUAUUUCAUUAUACAGUAUUUUUCUCUCCCAGACAUCAGCACAAAUCACUCUCGGAGCGCCGAAAUGUUCAAACAUUUCUGCAGCUAUUUCUCCGUAUCUUAAUGUUCCCAUUUCCCAUUUCCACCUUUCCCUAUUUAUUUUGGUGUUAAGACUGAUUUUUCUUCAAAACGAAUGUUGUUCCAGCCAGACACAGCAGCACAUCGAGACUAAUUUCUGCUCCUAGCCGGGUUUCAGCGCAGAAGUAGGGCUGCAUAUGGCAUGCUGAGCUCUGAAGGGAUCCCUCUGCCUCGUGCACACGCAGCUUGCAGGCUCAAAGAUGUUAUUUUGUGUUUGCCUUCUCCCCACUGCCCGAAUGACAGAGCCCUGGGAAGGUCUUGCAGUGGUAACAUUAAGAAGGAGAGUUCUGUGGUGACAGCAACAGCUGAGAUGAUCGCUCUCAGAGGUGCUCAGAUCUGCUGUUCUGCUUUGAUCUCCGUUCUCAGCUCUAACCGCCAUCAGAACUCGUAACAGUUCAAUUAUCGCUUUAAUCUAACGGCCGUUUCGCCUAAUGAGCGAGAUGCAGGAUUUCACCUCCAACACCAACCGGACACCUUGGAACUGUACAUAAAAUCUGUCUGAACUUCUGGCAUUGAUUGCAUAUGAGAAAAUCGAUGCCUGACAGUGGGAGCCCAUAACCUUGGCAGAGAAAAAGGGACAGAGGAGGAUGCUGGGCUCCAGGUGGGAUGGGAGGGAUGAUUGGCCAAACCUCAUUGGGAAAGAGCUCCCAUGAGAACAGGCAUGUAUGGGACAGACUAAUUCAGCAUUUGUUAAAUAAUCAGAAGUUAUUUACCAUGUGCUACCUAUUAACCUCUGAAUGCAAAUCUGUUCAUCCUUAAUCCAUUGACUGCCGUCGCUCAGAACACAACGAAUACACCACGUCCUUCUUAAUUCUCCAUUAACUCGUGAUUAUGUUAAGUGCUGGCCAGCAAGGAGCUAUUUCCAGCUGAGAGCCGCACAGCAGAAGCAGAACCAAUGGAGGCGAUUUCUAGCAGAGAGAAUCUUCUCCUUGGUGAAUAUAACUAUCCCAGAAGGGAGACAUAAAGCACUUCCACAGAUCUGGAGGCAAUAAGACCUUUGCAAAACUGCUUCUCUCGCUCCAGAGCAUCAGGGACAGGCACAGAGCAGAGCCCCAGCUAAUUGGGCAGAGCCUGGAUGUGAGGAGCAGACAUGGGGAGCAAACAGCUGCUCCGAGCCCGCAGAGACAAUUAGUGCAGCCCCUCUCUCAUUUCACCCUGGUCUCCACAUGCCGUGAACACGAGGGGAACCCCGGGAGCUGCAGGUGAAGAGCUGCUUUCCCUCGGCCCGGAGAUCCGAUCCCUGCUGGAAGUUACUCUUGCAUAAAACAUCACACUUACAGGAGUCACUUCAUUUAACCGGUGACCAUGCUGCGUUCUGCAGGGAAGGAAGCAGAUUGCAGUCUGGUGCCAAGCACAGAGUGGCACAAGGAGCUACGGGCCGGUGUUUGAGGAGCAGCCUGCACACACCCUGUUCCCUGAAGGCUCAGCAGAAGAGAAAGUGACACUGAUGUGCCGAGCCAGAGCCAAUCCCCCUGCAACGUACAGGUGGAAGAUGAACGGCACAGAGCUGAAGAUGGGGCCGGAUUCCCGGUAUAGGUUGGUUGCUGGCGACCUGGUGAUAAGCAACCCAGUGAAAGCCAAGGAUGCAGGCUCCUACCAGUGCGUGGCAACCAAUGCCCGUGGCACAGUGGUCAGCAGGGAAGCAUCACUCCGCUUUGGCUUUUUGCAGGAAUUCUCUGCAGAAGAACGAGAACCCGUGAAGAUCGCUGAAGGCUGGGGAGUGAUGUUCACCUGCAGCCCCCCUCCCCAUUACCCAGGCUUGUCCUACCGAUGGCUUCUGAACGAGUUUCCCAACUUCAUCCCAGCCGACGGGAGGCGUUUCGUCUCUCAGAGCACAGGAAACCUCUACAUUGCCAAGACAGAGGCUUCCGACCUCGGCAACUACUCGUGCUUUGCCACCAGCCACAUCGACUUCAUCACCAAGAGCGUUUUCAGCAAGUUCUCCCAGCUCAGCCUGGCAGCCGAGGACGCCAGGCAGUAUGCGCCCAGCAUAAAAGCCAGGUUCCCUGCAGACACCUACGCUCUGACCGGGCAGAUGGUGACUCUGGAGUGUUUCGCCUUUGGGAACCCUGUUCCUCGAAUAAAGUGGAGGAAGCUAGAUGGCUCGCAGACCUCCAAGUGGAUCUCCAGCGAGCCCCUCCUGCACAUCCAAAAUGUUGACUUUGAGGAUGAAGGCACUUACGAGUGCGAGGCUGAAAACAUCAAAGGGAGAGACACCUACCAGGGCCGCAUCAUCAUUCACGCUCAGCCGGACUGGCUGGAUGUGAUCACGGACACGGAAGCUGACAUUGGGUCUGACCUGCGCUGGAGCUGCGUGGCAUCCGGCAAACCCCGGCCAGCGGUGCGGUGGCUGCGGGAUGGGCAACCCCUGGCCUCCCAGAACCGCAUCGAAGUGAGCGGUGGAGAGCUGAGAUUUUCCAAGCUAGUCCUGGAGGACUCUGGCAUGUAUCAGUGUGUGGCUGAGAACAAGCAUGGCACAGUAUAUGCAAGUGCUGAAUUAACAGUGCAAGCCUUAGCACCAGAUUUUAGACUAAACCCAGUGAAACGACUGAUACCUGCAGCCCGGAGUGGGAAGGUCAUCAUCCCUUGCCAACCGAGAGCAGCACCAAAAGCCACUGUGCUCUGGACCAAAGGGACCGAACUGCUCAUCAACAGCAGCAGGGUGACUAUUACCGCCGAUGGCACCUUGAUCCUCCAGAACAUCAGCAAAUCUGAUGAGGGAAAGUAUACCUGCUUUGCUGAGAAUUUCAUGGGCAAAGCCAACAGCACGGGGAUCCUCUCUGUUCGAGAUGCCACCAAAAUCACACUGGCACCAUCCAGUGCUGAUAUCAACGUGGGUGAAAACCUCACUCUGCAGUGCCACGCAUCCCAUGAUCCAACCAUGGACCUAACCUUCACCUGGUCCCUGGAUGAUUUCCCCAUUGACUUGGACAGGUCGGAGGGGCACUACCGGCGAGCCAGCGUGAAGGAAGCUGUCGGGGACCUCGCCAUCGUCAACGCCCAGCUGAAGCAUUCGGGGCGGUACACGUGCACAGCCCAAACGGUCGUGGACAGCACUUCGGAGUCGGCCACGCUGACUGUCAGAGGACCCCCCGGGCCCCCUGGGGGUGUGGUGGUGAGAGACAUCGGUGACACCACCGUCCAACUGAGCUGGAGCCGUGGCUUCGACAACCACAGCCCCAUCGCCAGGUACAGCAUCGAGGCCAGGACACUGCUCUCCAACAAAUGGAAGCAGAUGCGCACCAAUCCUGUAAACAUCGAAGGCAAUGCCGAGACAGCCCAGGUGGUGAACCUCAUCCCUUGGAUGGAUUACGAGUUUCGGGUCUUAGCGAGCAACAUCCUUGGAGUUGGGGAGCCAAGUUUACCCUCCAGCAAAAUCCGUACCAAAGAAGCAGCACCCACAGUGGCACCAUCUGGGCUCGGCGGUGGCGGCGGGGCUCCCAAUGAGCUCAUCAUCAACUGGACGCCAACACUGCGGGACUACCAGAACGGAGAUGGCUUUGGCUACAUCCUGUCAUUUCGUAAGAAGGGCACUCAGGAAUGGCUCACUGCCCGCGUGCCUCACGCGGAAUCCCUGCAUUACGUGUACCGCAAUGAGAGCAUCGGGCCCUACACCCCCUUCGAAGUGAAGAUCAAAGCAUACAACAGGAAAGGAGAGGGACCAGAGAGCCUCACAGCCAUCGUGUACUCCGCAGAAGAAGAACCAAAAGUGGCUCCAUUCAGAGUUACAGCCAAAGCUGUUCUGUCCUCAGAAAUGGAUGUGUCCUGGGAGCCAGUGGAGCAGGGAGACAUGACUGGCGUGCUGCUGGGUUACGAGAUCCGGUACUGGAAGGAUGGCGAUAAAGAGGAGGCAGCUGACAGAGUGAGAACAGCAGGGUUGGUCACAUCGGCUCACGUCACAGGCCUAAAUCCCAACACGAAAUACCACGUCUCAGUGCGAGCCUACAACCGUGCUGGAGCUGGGCCCCCCAGCCCCUCCACCAACAUCACAACCAUAAAGCCACCACCAAGGAGGCCACCAGGCAACAUCUCCUGGACUCUGACUGGGUCUACAGUCACCAUCAAGUGGGACCCAGUGGUGGCACAGGCAGAUGAGUCUGCAGUUACAGGGUACAAGAUGCUUUACAGGCAGGAUUCCCACUCUGCUCCCACGCUGUACCUGGCGAGCAAGAGUCGGAUCGACAUCCCAGUGCCUGAGGACUUCACUCAUGCCUUCGUACAGAUCCGGGUGACGGGGCCUGGGGGGGAUGGGAUCCCAGCAGAAGUCCACAUCCUCCGAAAUAGUGGGACCAGUAUGAUGGUGGAAGACUCCGUGACGAGGCCGGUGCCGCACGCUGCCAUCAUCACCACCAACUCCCUGGCCAUGGUGGCCCUGAUCCGGUACCUGGAGCUCUAAUGGGGCCAGCAAAGCUGAGAUGUGGGACAUCCCUCCUCCCAGGGCAGCAGGAACUGCUCAAUGUCUGGUGCUGCACCUCCAUGUUUGGACCGCAGCAGUGUUACAGAGAGGGAUUUGCUAACAUUAUCUGAAGGGAGGAAGAAAGAAACAGCUUUUUUUUUGUUGUUGUUCCUUUGGAAGAGUAUGAGACUGCAUACAAGACGUGGGUCUGCAACCAAUCGACUUUUUUUUUGUUAAGAAGUGAGUACAGCAAAGAAGAAUUCUACCCAAAUUCUGACAGCCGACUGCCCCGUUCACCACAUUGAGAAGGUUUUCUGCCUUACGAAGCCAUGUACUACAAUAACCAGACUGCUAAACUUGACUUUUUUUUAAAUAUGUACAGUGUAUUUGGGGGAGGGGGAAGGGAAUCUGGGAACUGAGGACUUCCAAGUGAUGGGCACGCUCCACACCGACCCCAACCACAGCCAUCUCUAUGGAGCGAUGGGCCACGAUUCACUUCCCCAAAAUAAGAGCCAAAUUCCACAGCAACGAGCCCAAGGAGACAAAGCCACAAGAGACACCACUCUCUGCUUCAUCCUGAAGGAGAUGGGUGGACACAAGAGUUUAGCUUGUGAACAUCUUCUGUUUUUUUUUUAUGACACUGGUGUUAACUCGCAGCCUCGUGUUUGUAACAGCUGCCAUGCUGUGAGGUGCAAUGUUUGAUGUGAUCCAUAUCCCACCUGGUCCGCGGUGUUCUUGUUCUGUUGUUUGCUUCUUUGUUGUCUGGGGAAGGGUAAGAGAAAAUCCACCCGUUUGGAGAGAGAUCCUCCUGAUGCAGAAGGCUUGGAGAUACUUCAUUUCAAGGCGGAGAGGACCUGAAAGAAGGAAGAGAAAGGAACACCAAGAGCUGGAGACUUCACAAAGCUGAGGCAACAAGGAGGAUCUGGAACAGGGCAUUCAUCCCCAGUCCCAGAUUUGGGGACGUAUGAUGGAUCCUCAGUGUGCUUGGCCAAUGUACAUAGGGCUGACACCCCAAUGUGGGGAUGCCCAGCCGCCCCACUGAUUGAAAUGGUUGGGAAGAGCUGCCACCUAUUAAAAAUUCUGCAUCUCCCAGUAAAGCAAUGAAAUGAUUCACCUUCCUCGCUGGUGCAACGGGAAGGGACUGGCAAGCAGCUCCUAUGCUAGAUGCCAAUUCCUUACCCCAGCUAAUCAUUUUAAAACUAACAUGUCCUUGGCCUUAGUGAGCAUUAAAGAGAUUACAUGCAUAAAUCCCUGCCCUCCCAGAGGAGUGAGGCCUGCUGCACAUCCACAGCUUCCCAUUACCAGUUUGUCGCAUCUGGAAGCAAGAAGGUAACGGGUCCCACGGUGCUUAGGGAGCAGGAGAAAUGCUUGAGGGAACAGGCAGGGGAAAACAAACAUCACAAAACUAAUAACAUUUAAAGGGCAGCUAAAGCAAAAAAAAGAAAGGGCUCUUUGGUUUCCCUUGAAUAAAAACUAAAAACUAAAAAGCAAUGCAGAUCCCUCUGGUGCGUGGCAGGCAGUGACGGAGGGACCCCCCCCCUCGCUCUGCAGCUCUCCAUGGAUCAACCCUCCAUCCCUGCAGCAGAUCCCAGCAGUUCCUUCAGGAGGACAACAACGCCUACAUAUAAAUUCCUAUUUUUAUACCAGAUAAGUUCUUGAAGACUUUUAAAUAUUUCUAUUCAGGUUUGGAACCCUUUUUUUUUUGUUGUUCUUUUUUUUUUUUUCCUUUGGCAGAAUGUUUUCUCUUGUUACAUCAGUGUUUUUGUCACCAUCUCCAUAUCUCCAUCCACCUCGCUGGGCCUUGGGCCUUUCUCCCAUGGAAGGAUGAGAGGUGAAUGAGGAAUUCAGUGUUAGGUCAAAACAAAGAAGAUCAGGGCUUGGUCACAGGCAGUCUGAUCGAUGCAGAGUGGAGGAGGCAAAAACGUGGCUGCACCUACUGAGCUUGGAAGCACUGAUGAACCAUUCCCUGCAGCUCUGCAGAGUU